AUGCCGAAGAUUUGCACUGGGUUUGUGGACCCUGACGGCGGCGUGCGCCCUUGCAUCUUUGCAGAGGAUGGGCAGGGUGGCCCUGCGCAAUCGAAAGGCGGCAGUUGCUUGUUUUGCGACGCAGGGAAGCUGGAACUCGCUCUCGGUUCUCGCAUUGGCAAAGGAAAUCUGGUAAGGCGAUUGAAGGCUUGGCAUCGAAAAGGGACGCCAGUCUAUGAAGCAGCAUUUACCUUCGGUACCUUAUGCGCAUUGUCCGACAGCAAGAGACAAGUGCUACGAUGGGGCGCCGGAGAGCCAGCCCGGUUCGAGCGGAAGACCAGUUGGUUGCACCGCAAGAAAUUGCGCCUUAAGCGUUUUCUCUGGGGCCGGCCAAUUCCGGUAGCCAGCAACGAGAGCCUGCAGUACUUGCGGAAUGAGGUAGCAUCUUCUUCAACCUAUUGGCAGAACUUGCUGUGCAGCUUCUCGGUCUGCCGGAAAAUGGAGAGCACUUCAAGCGCAAGGAAAGCCAAGAAGAGGAACUGCGGUUACUGGAAGAAGACAUCCGGCACAGCUGCAGCAAGGAACUGGCGCCGGAAGUGGUGGCGCGUCCGGCGUCUAAUCAAAGAGCAGCUGCUAGCGUGGGCCGCCAAGGGGCCCCCUUGGAACUGCAGCGCCGAAUUCCAGUGGGCUAUGGAAGAAGAAAUUUUGGAGCCUGGCUUGCACGUUUCCUUGCAAUCAACUUCCAUUGAAAAUCACCCCAUUUGCUUCGUGGCUGAGGACGGGGAGUUGCUUUACUUCGAACGCAACGGGCCAUACGGCAACAAGUUGACAACCGCCAUGCGCUCCAUCAACAAUGCGCUGGGCAAAGAAGUUGUCAAGACGUAUGAAACCGAAACGUCCAACCAUAUGCAAGAACGUGGCUAUGCAUUGCACCCGCACAUGGUCACGGGUUGCAUUUAUUCGCCCUUGUACGUGACAAACAUGCUUCAAGCAUUCGGCUUCAAGCUGCAAUUGUGGAGGGACUCACAAACAUGGCCAGCAGGCGCCAAAAGCUUGCUGCAAAUUCGUGGAAAAGACGCAUGGUAUACGCAGUACUGGGCUGCACUGACACGUCGCGAUGACAAAGUCUACUUGCUAGAUUGUCAAAAAGAUGCACCUGUUCACAUUCCCAAGUGGCAACAGUCCGUGGUCAUGUACAUAACCUAUGCAGUUGUUCCGCUUCAAUGA